GAAUCAGUGAAUGUGUGAUUAUACAAAUCAUAAAUACGUUUUCUUCUCUUUUACGGGGUUAAAAAGAGACUCCUUUCUUCUUUGGGGUUUCGUCUCUCCCCCCCCCCUCUCUCUCUCCUUUUCUUCUCGAUUCCGUAUGCUCGAAUUAUCGGAUGUGUAUUCAUCCGUCGCUUUUCUCCCUUCUCUCCAGAAUCAGACUUUGAAAGUCAGAAGUUGAGUUAAAAUGGCGACCCUAAGAUCGAGCUUGCCCUUGCGGCUGCGGCAUCUCUUAUCCGGUGAAGGAGCCGUUGGUCCUUCUCUCAAACUUGACUCCGAGCCGCCACCUAAAAUUAAAGCAUUCAUUGACAAGGUGAUCAACAGUCCAUUACAUGAUAUAGCUAUACCUCUUUCAGGAUUUCACUGGGAAUACAAUAAGGGAAACUUUAACCAUUGGAGACCACUUUUUCUACAUUUUGAUACAUAUUUCAAGACAUAUAUCUCCUGUAGGAAAGAUCUCUUAUUGGAUAAUAUUUCAGAGGAAGAUGGUCCAUUUCCAAAGCAUGCAGUCCUGCAAAUUUUGAGAGUGAUGCAAAUAAUAUUAGAGAACUGCCAUAACAAGAGUUCAUUUGAUGGUCUUGAGCAUUUCAAGCACCUUCUUGCAUCAACAGAUCCUGAGAUUGUAAUACCUACACUAGAGACCCUUUCUGCUUUAGUGAAAAUUAAUCCCUCAAAGUUACAUAUGAGUGGGAAGUUGAUUGGAUGUGGUUCAAUAAACAGCUAUCUCUUGGCUCUAGCACAGGGGUGGGGAAGCAAAGUAGAAGGCCUUGGUCUUUAUUCAUGUAUUAUGGAAAAUGAGAGGAUCCAAGAUGAAGGACUGAGUUUAUUCCCAUCUGACACAGACAAUGAAUCUGACAAGUCUCACUAUCGUUUAGGUUCAACCCUAUAUUAUGAAUUUCAUGGGGUAAAUGCCUGGAGUGCUGAGGAAAGCAGUUCCAGGACAAAAUCCUUGAACAUGCAAGUAAUAAACAUCCCAGAUUUGCAUCUGCGGAAGGAGGAUGAUUUGCUCCUUCUGAAACAGUGUAUUGAUCAAUUUGGUGUGCCUCCAAAACACAAGUUCUCUUUGCUGACUCGAAUUAGAUAUGCCCGGGCUUUUCGUUCUCCUAGAACCUGCAGGCUGUACAGCAGGAUUUCUCUUCUUGCAUUCAUUGUGCUUGUUCAGUCCAAUGAUGCUCAUGAUGAACUUGUAUCUUUUUUCUCAAAUGAGCCAGAGUAUACUAAUGAGUUAAUCAGGAUUGUGCAGUCUGAGGAAUCUAUUUCUGGAACUAUUAGAACACUUGCAAUGCUUGCAUUGGGGGCACAAUUAGCUGCAUAUUCAUCAUCUCAUGAGCGAGCAAGGAUAUUGAGUGGAUCAAGCAUCAUUUCUGCCGGGGGGAGUCGAAUGAUUCUUCUGAAUGUACUCCAGAAAGCUGUCUUGACAUUGAAUAAUUCCAAUGAUCCUUCAUCUCUUUCUUUUGUUGAAGCACUUCUACAGUUCUACCAUCUUCAUGUUAUAUCUUCUUCAAGUUCUGGGAAUUCUAUAAGAGGAUCAGGGAUGGUUCCUACACUMUUACCUCUGCUACAGGAUGUAAAUGUUACUCAUAUGCAYCUUGUAUGUUGUUCUGUAAAAACUCUACAAAAGCUCAUGGAUUACAGUAAUGCAGCUGUUUCCCUGUUCAAAGAUCUUGGUGGUGUGGAACUCCUGUCUCAGAGAUUACAAACAGAAGUGCAUAGGGUCAUAGGUCUGAGUGGUGCAGAUGACAAUUCGAUGGUUAGUUGUGAUCUCUCAAGAUAUGAUGAUGAUCAGUUGUACUCCCAGAAGCGGCUCAUCAAGGCUUUACUGAAGGCACUUGGGUCUGCUACUUAUGCUCCUGCAAACUCUUCAAGGUCUCAAAACACCCAUGAUAGUUCAUUGCCUGCCUCUUUGUCAUUGAUAUUUGGAAAUGUAGAGAGAUUUGGAGGUGAUAUAUAUUUCUCAGCAGUGACUGUUAUGAGUGAAAUUAUCCACAAGGACCCAACUUGUUUCAAUUCUUUGCAUGAAUUGGGUCUUCCAGAGGCAUUUUUAUCUUCAGUAGUAACUGGAGUACUUCCUUCUUCAAAAGCUCUUACAUGUGUUCCUAGUGGUCUUGGUGCCAUCUGUCUUAAUGCCAAAGGCCUAGAGGCAGUGAAAGAAACUAUGGCUUUACAGUUCCUUGUGCGCAUUUUCACCACCAGGAAAUAUGUGGUAGCAAUGAAUGAAGGUGUUGUGCCUCUGGCAAAUGCUGUAGAGGAGCUUCUGCGACAUGUUUCUUCGUUGAGAAGCACUGGUGUUGAUAUAAUAAUUGAGAUUAUUAAUAAAGUUGCUUCAUUAGGAGAUGAUAUAUUCCCAGGAUCAUCAAGCAAAGAUGGGAUUACUGCAAUGGACACUGAUUCUGAAGAGAAAGAACAUGAUGGGCAUGCAUGUUUGGUUAGUGCAAUGGAUUCAGCUGCUGAUGGUAUUACUAAUGAACGAUUUGUUCAGUUAUGCAUCUUUCAUGUGAUGGUACUGGUUCAUAGAACUAUGGAAAACUCUGAAACUUGUAGGUUGUUUGUGGAAAAGAAGGGGAUUGAUGCUCUGAUGAAACUUCUUUUACGACCUAGUGUUGCUCAAUCAUCUGAAGGAAUGUCUAUUGCUUUGCAUAGCACUGUGGUUUUUAAGGGUUUCACACAGAGUCACUCUUCUGUGCUGGCACAUGCCUUUUGUUCUUCAUUGAGGGACCAUCUGAAGAGGGCUUUAACUGGAUUUAGUUUGGUUUCUGGUUCAUUUUUGUUGGACCCCAGGAUUUCACCAGAUGGGGGGAUCUUUUCUGAACUUUUUGUUAUUGAAUUUCUUCUAUUUCUUGCUGCUUCUAAGGAUAACCGUUGGGUAAAUGCAUUGCUUACGGAAUUUGGAAAUGGAAGCAAGGAUGUCCUGGAAGAUAUUGGACAUGUCCACCAGGAGGUUCUAUGGCAAAUUGCUUUGCUUGAAGAUGCAAAAGUCGAGACACAGGAUGCCGGUUCUGGUUCUACUACUGACUCACAGAAAUUAGAUGUGAACUCAAAUGAAACUGAAGACCAAAGAUUUAACUCAUUUAGACAAUUUCUUGAUCCACUACUGAGAAGAAGGAUGUCAGGGUGGAGUAUUGAGUCUCAGUUUUUUGAUCUUAUAAGCCUGUACCGUGAUCUUGGUCGUGCUACCGGUGUUCAGCAGAGAUUUAGUAUGGAUGGACCAUCUAGUCUGCGUCUUGGUUCUGGUCAUCAACUGCAGCGCACUGGUUCUUCAGAUUCUGCUAGAAAAAUGGAAGGUGAUAACCAGAGAUCCUAUCAUUCAUCCUGCUGUGAUAUGGUAAGAUCACUUUCUUUCCACAUCAGCCAUCUAUUUCUGGAAUUGGGAAAAGCAAUGUUGCUUCCUUCUCGUCGACGGGAUGAUUCACCGACUGUUUCCCCUGCUUCAAAAUCUGUAGUUUCAACUUUUGCGUCUAUUGUAUUAGAGCACUUGAACUUUGAGGGGCAUGCAGAUUCUUGUAGAUCAGAAGUGUCUAUAUCAACAAAAUGUCGCUAUCUCGGCAAGGUGAUUGAGUUCAUUGAUGGUAUUAUGCUUGAUAGGCCAGAUUCCUGCAACCCUAUUUUGGUCAACUGUUUUUAUGGCCAUGGGGUUUUUCAAGCAGUAUUGACCACUUUUGAAGCUACAAGUCAAUUGCUUUUUGCUGUUAAUAAACCUCCAGCAUCUCCAAUGGAUACUGAUGAUGGGAAUUUAAAACAAGGUAUGAAGGAAGAAACAGGUGAUUCAUGGAUAUAUGGCCCCUUGGCCAGCUAUGGUUCAUUUAUGGACCAUUUGGUGACAUCAUCCCUUAUCUUAUCUGCUUCUACAAAGCAUUUGCUUACCCAACCUCUCAUGAUUGUGAAUGUUCCUCUUCCACGAGAUGCUGAGACAUUUGUAAAGGUCCUCCAGUCCAUGGUACUGAAAACGGUGCUUCCUGUUUGGACUCAUCCUCAGUUUUCUGACUGCAAUUGUGAGUUUGUUACAACAAUUAUCUCUAUCAUGCGGCACAUUUACUCUGGAGUUGAGGUGAAAAGUGUUAAUGGAAACUCUGGAGCUCGCAUUACUGGUUCUCCUCCUAAUGAAUCAGCUAUUUCAACAAUUGUGGAGAUGGGCUUUUCCAGGUCUAGGGCAGAAGAAGCUUUAAGACAAGUAGGAACAAAUAGUGUGGAGAUGGCAAUGGAGUGGUUAUUUUCACAUCCAGAGGAUGUCCAAGAAGAUGAUGAACUGGCACGUGCACUUGCUAUGUCCUUGGGGAAUUCUGACACAUCAACAAAGGAAGAUGUUGCUGCUGAUGCAAAUAAUAUAGAUCAAGAAGAAACAAUCCAGCUUCCUCCUGUUGAGGAGUUGUUAGCAACGUGUACCAGGCUUCUGCAGAUGAGGGAACCUUUAGCCUUUCCAGUUAGAGACUUACUUGUGAUGAUAUGUUCCAAAAAUGAUGGUCAAUGCAGGCCCAAAGUUAUCUCCUUUAUCAUUGACCAUGUGAAGCUUGGCUUUUCUGUUUCUGACAGUGGAAAUUCUGCUUUGCUAUCUGCUCUUUUUCAUGUUCUUGCAUUAAUUCUUCAUGAAGAUGUGAUAGCUCGAGAAAUUGCCUCCCAAAAUGGGCUGGCAAAGGUUGCUUUGGAUUUGCUUUUUCAGUGGGACCCUAGUUCACAUGAUAGGGGUAAAUCUGAUGUGCCAAAGUGGGUGACAGCAGCUUUUCUUGCAAUUGAUCGACUGUUGCAGGUAGAUCCAAAAUUGUGUUCUGAGAUUCCUGAGCAAUUGAAGGACAAUCUCAGUCGCCUACAAAGUUCUGUUAUGGUUGAUGAGGAGAAGCCAAACAACUUGCAGUCUGCAUUGGGAGGAUCUCCAAACUAUAUGGAUGAACAUGCUCAGAAGCGGCUUAUUGACAUCGCAUGUAGAUGUAUCAAGAGCCAGCUUCCUUCUGAUACAAUGCACAUUGUUCUUCAGCUUUGUGCUACACUUACCAGAACUCACUCUAUGGCAGUGAAUUUCCUUGAUGCUGGAGGUGUACCUUCAUUGUUGUCUUUACCAACAGGUUCUUUGUUUUCUGGAUUUGAUACUGUUGCUGCUACUAUAAUCCGCCAUAUUCUUGAAGAUCCUCAAACUCUACAGCAAGCAAUGGAGUCUGAGAUUCGCCACAGCCUAGUAGCUGCCAGCAAUAGACAUUCCAAUGGGAGAAUUACUCCACGCAACUUUCUUCAAACUUUGGCUUCUGUCAUUUCUAGAGAUCCAGUGGUUUUUGUCCAAGCUGCUCAGUCUGUAUGCCAAAUUGAGAUGGUAGGUGAAAGGCCAUACAUUGUCCUGUUAAAAGACCGUGACAAAGACAAGGGCAAGGAUAAGGAGAAAGAGAGAGCAUCAGAGAAAGAAAAGCAACAAAUGGCUGAUGGAAAGAAUGCAACAGGUGAUAUGAGCCCAAUGGCCCCUGGGAGUGGGCAUGGAAAAAUUGCAGAUUCAAAUUCUAAGAAUGUCAAAUCUCAUAGAAAAACAGCACACAGUUUUACAAAUGUUAUUGAGCUUCUCUUGGAUUCUAUUACGACUUUUGUGCCUCCUGUAAAAGAUGGUGUGAUAGAGGGGUCAUCGUUAACCGACAUGGACGUUGAUGAUGUUGUGACUAAAGGGAAAGGAAAAGCAAUUGCUACUGCUUCUGAAGAGAGUGAAACUAAUAGUCAGGAAGCUUCUGCAUCUCUUGCAAAGACUGUUUUCAUUUUAAAGCUGUUGACUGAGAUACACUUGACAUAUUCCUCAUCUGUACAUAUUCUCCUUAAGAGAGAUGCUGAGAUUAGUAGCUCCAGAGCCCCUCCUCAAAGAGUUUCCACUGGAAACUAUAGUGAUGGAAUGUUUCAUCACAUUCUUCACAAGUUUCUUCCGAAUGCUGGUAGCUACAGGAAGGAAAAAAAAUCAGAUAGUGACUGGAGGCAGAAACUAGCCACCAGGGCUAGCCAGUUUUUGGUGGCAGCUUGCAUUCGUUCUGUUGAAGGGCGGAGAAGGGUGUUUACUGAGAUCAGUAAUGUCUUCAACGACUUUGUUGUUUCAUCUAAUGCUUUUAGGCCACCUAGUAGCAAUAUUCAUGCUUUUGUCGAUCUGCUCAAUGAUGUUCUAGCUGCUCGAUCUCCUAGUGGUUCAAGUAUUUUGGCAGAAGCCUCAGCAACCUUUAUAGAUGUUGGGCUAAUCCAAUCCAUGACUGGAAUGCUUCGAGUCUUGGACCUGGAUCAUGCUGAUGCACCUAAGGUUGUUACUGGAAUUGUCAAGGCUCUUGAGUCAGUAACCAAGGAACAUGUCAACUCUGCUGGUCUUAAUUCUGGGAAGGGUGAGCACUCACAGAAGCCAUCUGAUCAAAACCCAGCCAGAAGAGUAGAUAAUGGUGAUGAUCAGUUACAAUCAUUGGAAACCAUGUCCCAGCCCAACCACAUUGAAGUUGCUGCUAACAACGUUGGUCCUUUUACAUCAGCCCAAACACUUGGCAGUUCAGAGUCAGUUACGGAUGAUAUGGAGCAUGACCGUGAUCUUGAUGGUCCUGGAACUGAAGAUGAUUUUAUGCAUGAAACUUCUGGGGAAGCUGGGACUCUUGAAAAUAGUCUGGAAUCGGUGGGGAUAAGGUUUGACAUUCCUCACAAUGUGCAAGACAAUCUUGUUGAUGAAGAUGAGGAUGAGGAGAUGUCUGGAGAUGAUGGAGAUGAGGAUGAAGAUGAAGAUGAUGAACAUAAUGAUCUGGAGGAAGAUGAAGUUCAUCACAUGUCUCAUCCUGAUACAGAUCAGGAUGAUCAUGAAAUUGAUGAGGAUGAUUUUGAUGAAGAUGUGUUAGAAGAAGAGGAUGAAGAUGAUGAGGAUGAUGAGGAGGGAGUUAUUCUUAGGCUGGAGGAGGGUAUCAAUGGAAUAAAUGUUUUCGACCAUAUUGAGGUUUUCGGUAGAGAAAACAGUUUUGCCAAUGAUACCCUCCGUGUGAUGCCUGUUGAAGUUUUUGGCUCUCGGCGGCAUGGGCGUACAACGUCUAUUUACAAUCUUUUAGGAAGGACUAGUGACCAUGGGGUUCCUUCUCAGCAUCCUCUCCUGAUUGAACCUGCUUCUACACUGCAUCCAACACCUGUCAGGCAAUCAGAAAAUGUGGGUGAUGCCCUCUUCUCAGAGAGAACCUUAGAGAAUACUUCAUCACAGUUAGAUACAAUUUUCCGGUCAUUGAGGAAUGGACGACAUGGACACCGUUUCAAUAUGUGGGUAGACGAUAACCAACAUCAUAGUGGAUCAACUGCAUCUGCAAUACCCCAAGGUCUUGAGGAGUUACUUGUUUCUCGGCUGAGACGACCAAUCCCUGAGAAACCUUCUGAUCAACAUACAACUACAGCAGAACCUCAAGGUAAAGGGGAGGCCAGUCAGUUACAAGAAUCAGGAGUAAGGCUUGAAACACCUUUAGAAAGCAAUGUAAACAAUGGAAGCAUUUCUAUUGCUCCUGUUGCUACAAAUGGCAGUGGCAAUGCUGAUGUCAGACCAGUGACUGACAGUUUCCAAGUAACAGAGGCAUCAGUUACUCAAUCUCAAGUUGUUGACAUACAGUAUGAACACAGUGAUGCAGUCAUAAGGGAUGUUGAAGCAGUGAGCCAGGAAAGUGGUGGAAGUGGAGCAACCUUAGGGGAAAGCCUACGUUGUCUGGAGGUUGAAAUUGGAAGUGCUGAUGGUCAUGAUGAUGGAGGUGAAAGGCAAACUUCCACUGAUAGGUUACCUUUAGGUGAUCUGCAGCCAACUCGAACGAGAAGAACAAAUAUGUCAUCAGGAAAUACCAUGGUAGUUAGUAAUAGAGAUGCAUCUCUUCAGAGUGUUAGUGAAGUCUCAGAAAAUCCCAGCCAAGGAGAAGAUCAGAGUAGUCCAGAUGAGGAGCAGCAAGUCAAUGUGGCAUCUGAUUCAGGAGCAAUUGAUCCUGCAUUCUUGGAUGCUCUUCCUGAGGAUUUGCGUGCUGAAGUUCUCUCAGCUCAACAGGGUCAAGCUGUACAACCUUCAAAUUCUGAACCUCAAUCUGUUGGAGAUAUUGAUCCUGAAUUCCUUGCAGCUCUUCCCCCAGAUAUCCGUGCAGAAGUUCUAGCACAACAACAAGCUCAAAGACUUCAUCAAUCACAGGAACUGGAAGGCCAACCUGUUGAAAUGGAUGCUGUCUCAAUAAUUGCUACAUUCCCCUCGGAUUUACGUGAGGAGGUACUUUUAACAUCUUCUGAUUCUAUUCUAGCCCACUUAUCACCUGCUCUUAUUGCGGAAGCAAACAUGCUACGUGAAAGACUUUCACAUCGUUAUCACAGUCGUACACUAUUCGGCAUGUAUCCAAGGAGCCGGAGAGGUGAAUCUUCUAGACAGGGUGAAGCUGUUGGAUCCACCUUGGACAGAUCUGGUAUUGGAGUUGCAUCACGCAGAUCUGUUGGAGGUAAGUUACUAGAAGCAGAUGGGGCUCCUCUGGUAGAUAAAGAAGCUCUUAAAGCCAUGAUUCGACUGCUUCGUGUGGUUCAGCCACUCUAUAAGGGCCAACUACAGAGGCUUCUCCUGAACCUAUGUUCUCACCAUGAAACUAGAACCACUAUGGUGCAACUCUUGAUGGACAUUCUUAUGCUGGACUCUCAGAAGCCAGUCAAUAAUUUAAAUAGUGUUCCAGAAACAUCAUAUCGACUGUAUGCUUGUCAGAAUUAUGUCAUGUACUCUCGUCCUCAGUUUUUGGAUGGAGUUCCUCCUCUUGUGUCCCGGCGUAUUCUAGAAACCUUGACAUACUUGGCUCAGAACCAUCCCUAUGUGGCAAAGCUUUUGCUUCAGUUUGAGCUUGCACGGCCAUCCAUACAAAAGUUGACAAGUUCUGAUCAGGAUCGUGGAAAGGCUGUUAUGAUUAUUGAUGAGGAAUUUGAAAGAAAGACACAGCAGGGAGGGGAUUAUUCUAUUGUAUUGCUUUUGAGUCUGUUGAAUCAGCCACUCUAUCUGAGGAGUAUAGCUCAUCUUGAACAGUUGUUAAGUCUAUUAGAGGUUAUUAUUGAUAAUGCUGAAAGCACUUCUAGCUUAUCCAGUAAACCUGCAUUAUCCUCUUCCAAACAACAAUCUGGUCCUCAGACUGCCAUUCCAGAUGCUGAAACAAAUACUGCAGCUGGUGGGUCUUCUUCUACCGGAGAUGUUAAAUCAUCCAAUACUGUUGAAUGCUCUAAACCAGCAUCUUCUGGUGUAAAUAAUGAAUUUGGUUCUCAAGCUGUACUAGUGAAACUGCCACAAGCAGAACUUCGACUUUUAUGUUCUCUGCUUGCACGCGAGGGCUUGUCUGACAAAGCUUAUGUUCUUGUGGCUGAGGUACUGAAAAAGUUGGUGGCUAUUACUCCAACUCAUUGCCAUCUAUUUAUUACCAAGUUAGCAGAUUCUGUUAAAAAAUUGACCAGAUCUGCAAUGGAUGAGCUGCACAUAUUUGGAGAAGCAGAUAAAGCAUUCAUGAGUACGAACUCUACUGAUGGAACUGCAAUCCUGAGGGUUUUGCAGGCAUUAAGCUCCCUAGUUGCCUCAUUGAAUGAGAAAGAGAAAGAUCACCAACUCGCACCUGAAAGAGAGAAUGAAGAUGCGUUUUCUCAGGUGUUAGCGAUAAAUACUGCUUUGGAACCCUUGUGGCAGGAAUUGAGCACUUGCAUAAGCAAAAUCGAAAGUUACUCUGAUUCUGCACUUGACUUCACUGAAUCUCGAAAUUUAACAUCAACCCCAAGUGUAAUGCCUCCACUUCCAGCAGGUACCCAGAACAUUUUACCAUACAUAGAAUCUUUCUUUGUGACAUGUGAGAAGUUACACCCUGGGCAGUCAGGCACAGGUCAAGACUUCAGCAUAGUUGCAACUGAUAUUGAAGAUGCAACUACUGUUGGCCAACAGAAGACUUCAGGUUCCCUUACAAAAGUUGAUGAGAAACAAAUUGCUUUUGUGAAGUUCUCAGAAAAGCACAGGAAACUCUUAAAUGCCUUCAUCAGGCAAAACCCAGGGUUGCUUGAGAAGUCAUUCUCUCUGAUGCUUAAGGUUCCACGGUUUAUUGAUUUUGAUAACAAGUGUGCUCACUUCCGCUCAAAAAUAAAGCACCAACAUGAUCAUCAUCAUAGUCCUCUGAGAAUUUCAGUGCGAAGAGCAUAUAUUCUUGAAGAUUCCUAUAACCAAUUGCGCAUGCGUUCAACUCAUGAUCUGAAGGGAAGAUUGACUGUUCACUUCCAAGGGGAGGAAGGAAUUGAUGCUGGUGGACUUACAAGAGAAUGGUAUCAGUUGUUGUCUAGGGUUAUAUUUGACAAGGGGGCACUGCUUUUCACAACAGUGGGCAAUGAAUCAACAUUUCAACCAAAUCCAAACUCUGUUUACCAAACAGAACAUCUGUCAUACUUCAAAUUUGUUGGACGGCUGGUUGGAAAAGCACUGUUUGAUGGACAGCUUCUGGAUGUUCAUUUCACUCGGUCUUUCUACAAGCAUAUCUUGGGGGUUAAAGUCAGCUAUCAUGAUAUAGAGGCUAUAGAUCCUGCUUACUUCAAAAAUCUGAAGUGGAUGCUUGAGAAUGACAUAAGUGACAUUUUGGACCUUACUUUUAGCAUUGAUGCUGAUGAAGAGAAGUUGAUAUUGUAUGAAAGGGCAGAGGUAACUGACUAUGAGCUGAUCCCCGGUGGCCGGAACAUUAGAGUCACCGAGGAAAAUAAGCAUGAAUACGUUGAUCUUGUUGCUGAACAUCGGUUAACCACUGCUAUUCGUCCUCAAAUAAAUGCAUUUUUAGAAGGUUUCACUGAGUUGAUUCCUCGGGAUUUGGUAUCUAUCUUCAAUGAUAAAGAACUGGAGCUAUUGAUAAGCGGGCUUCCGGAUAUUGACUUGGAUGACUUGAGGGCGAAUACCGAGUAUUCUGGAUACAGUGCUGCAUCUCCUGUUAUUCAGUGGUUUUGGGAGGUUGUGCAAGGUUUCAGCAAGGAGGAUAAAGCUCGUCUCUUGCAAUUUGUGACCGGCACCUCAAAGGUACCUUUGGAAGGUUUCAGUGCAUUGCAAGGAAUUUCAGGUUCACAGAGAUUUCAGAUUCAUAAAGCUUAUGGGACUCCUGAUCACUUGCCUUCUGCUCAUACAUGCUUCAAUCAAUUGGAUCUACCAGAGUAUCCAUCUAAACAACAUCUGGAGGAGAAGCUGCUCCUUGCGAUUCAUGAAGCUAACGAGGGUUUUGGGUUUGGUUGAAAACAUACGGUAUCGAAGUAUUAGUCAUGUAGAUAAUUGUGUUUAAAGGGCAAAAGAAAAGGAAAAGGAAAGGUAAAAUAGGCAAGUGAGAAAAGAGAAUUAGAAUUGAUGUAUGCUAAUUUACUGUACAGUAUUCUUAUUUUUUGUUUAUUGGGAAAAAUGCUGUGGCAGUUUUGUAUUUGCCAAUUCAUCUUUCUCUUGAUCGAUCCA